AUGCAAAUUCCGUUUUGUGUGCCGCAGCAGGCCAUUAUUGCCACAGGAAGUCGUCCGGGGCGGGGGGGCUCAGUGCCCACUGGCUGGUCUGGGAGGUCCCGAUGUCAAAAUAACAGGGGUUUGGUGUUGUUGGCAAAGAAGGCGAGGACCCCAAGCAGCGCCAACGCCAAGGGGGGAACAACUAGCCAGGUUAGUGGAUUGGACUGUGCAUCACAGAUCUACUGGGAGGACUGGGGGGGGACUGGGAGAUUGGGGGACUGGGAGAUUGUGGGACUGAGAGACUGCGAGAUUGUGAGACUGAGAUAUGCCCCAGGAAAAAUGCAAAAAAAGAAAACAGCCAACGGGUCACCUGCGCCCACGUCGUUGGCUGGGUGGGCCCAUCGCGAGUACCUGGGCGGUACCAAGCACUGCGCUGUGUCCAUUCGCCACUGGCAUGUUGCCAGCUGGUAUCUUUUAUGGGCAUCAUCGAAUCCAUCCAGUAACUUGGUGGGAAAGAAAUGCACUCUCUUGUAG